ACUUGUUGUAAAGUGUUCGCUACUGGUCAGAACGGUUAUGAGUUCAAAUUCUGCUAAUUCAUGUUACUAUAAAAGUGUGAAUCCAUCCUUUCAGCUUACUUUGCGGAAUAGCAGUAGAAUUGAUGUCUUCAAUUGGCUAGUUAAGUGAUUGCUGUGUUUUCAUGGCUUUCAUAGUUUAAAUGGGAGCUUUAAAUGCACUGGGACGCCCUAUUCAGGACCUUUGUUGAUAGCAGUACCAGGAUGAGCUGUAGAGGAUUUCUUAGGUAAAUAACUUUAUAAUGAAUAAUUACAAAGGUAUUCUUAUUAACCUUUUAGAUAAGUAACAUAUUAUAAUGUCUGGUGGUUACGAUUACGAAGUGGUUGGUGAACCAUUUGAAGAUGUUUAUUGUGCCAUCUGCAUGAAACUAAUGAGAGACCCAGUGCAAUUAGAGUGUGGUCAUGGAAUGUGUGCAACAUGCUUUCGUACUCUUUCUGAGAGUGCAAACACAAGAAAUGUUGAACUAAUGUGUCCGCAUUGUCGAGCAAAAAUAAGUAAAGAUAAGAUACAUCCUGCCUUGAUGUUUAACAGGAUUAUCCAAGCAGUAAAAGUUAAGUGCGCUCAUCACCGUGACGGUUGUGGCUGGGUUGGUUCUCUUUCAAAUGUUGAAGACCAUUUAGCUGGAGUGUGUGAAUAUGAGGACGAUCGAUGUGCAAACAAUGGUUGUGAUUUUGUAUGUUACCGAUAUCAAAUGGCUGAGCAUGCAGUUUCCUGUGAAUAUAGAUUGACAGAGUGUGCAUAUUGUAAAGAUAUGUAUUGUUUUAACGAUGUAAGUCACUAUGAUCAUUGCAAAAUGUAUCCAAUACCUUGUCCGCAUGCAUGUCCAAUUGGUUCGAUUGAAAGAUCUAAGCUGCAAGACCAUGUAAUUCAAUGUAUGAAUCGAAUUGUUCCAUGUCAAUUUGCAACGCUUGGGUGCACCAGUGAGAUUUAUUGGAAGGAUAUGGAAAAGCACUUAAAUGAACACACACACAAUCACAUGGCUUUGCUAAUGAAAGAGCUGGUUAACACUAAAGACGAACUAUGUAACACAAAAUUAAAGUUGAACAAUGCAACCUUAGAGUUGGCUGGAUUAAAAAAGGAAGUACACAGACUAAUACUGUCUGAAAAACAAAAAGAACAAAAGAUUGUUAACCAAAGUGUUCAGCUAGUUCAUUCUGCUAUUCACAGAAUCGUGAAUUUUGAAAAGUUAGGAUCAGAUAUGGAAUUAGAGAUAUCGUCAGCCCAUUCCAUUAUUAAAGAUCUUCUAAAGAAAUUUGACAAAAAAUGCAACGUUGUAAAUGACAGACUGGAUGAGCUUCGAAAUUCUGUUGAAGAUGUUAUAGACCUGGCUGUUAGUAAAUUAAAGAAUUUGUUAGACUCGAUUGCUAAGUUUGACAUCAUUGAGUUAUGUAAUGAAGUAUUAACGGAAGAGGAGGAUAUAACGGAAAACAUGAAUAAUGAAAUUCGAUCAGCUGUAAUCAAAUGUCAUGAAGCAGACAUGUCAAAAUUGCAAAAGAAAUUUGAAGCACUUAAUGAACUGAAAGCUGAAGUUUGUUACGAAAAACGAUUUGCCGGAAUGUUAUCAAGUAUGUCGUUUGAUGAUUUGACAGAUGUGUUCGUAAAAGUAAAAGUUGAAGAGGGAAAGAAAAGUGUUCCUGGUCUUUUAUCCGUUGUAAAAUCAAAUGAUGUGUUGUACAUUGAUUUACAGUCGGUAUGGCAUAGAGUCGUAUCGGCUAAAUCUUUCGCAUUAUGUCAUUAUUAUUCACCAGAUACUAUCACUGCAGUUAGAGUGAGUGCAAAGAAGCAUCAAUUUGAGCUCCUUUACAGUGCUUUGGUAGAAAAUGGUUAUGUGGUUAAUGAUAUAGUUUUGUUCAAACUAAUCUAUUAGACUUGACAUUUAAAAGUGUAAAUACAUAAGGCGUAUAACUUUCUUCUUUGUGCUGAGAUCAUAAAAAUAGCUUAGGCAGAAAAUUGAAUAUUUUUUUUAUAACAAAAUCUUUGAAAUCUUGAAAACAAAAGUUCACAUUUGUUCAUAUUGGUUCAUCUUAUGGAAAAGCAAGAAGAAGUUAGGGUUACCAAAGAAAUAUUUUGUGGAACAUGGUACUGCUCAGUAAUCUGUGACAUUUUAUCUAUAUAAAUUGUAUUAUAGUCAGAAAAAGGUAGCGAUUUUCUAAGCACUGCAAUAGGAAGAUUUUAAACAACCUCAGUAUGUCUGAGAAUUUAUAAAAUUAUUUUUGUGUCAAUAUGCUUAUUAUUAUUUUUUUAUAGUUAUAAAAUAGAUUGCAUCUUGUUGUGUUUCAAUGAUGCAUCUAUAAACAUUUAUUAUCGAAGUUUUAAAUUCAUCUUAUAUUUUUAUAUGGCUAUGUUAAGGAAAAUUUAAACUACCGAUUAUUAUUACCAGAGUUUUAUAUACAAUCUUACAGGGUAUUUUCUGUGUAAAUAUAUGUACAGACUUACUAAGAUAUACCUUUGACUUAUUCCACUUCAUAUGCGAUUUCUGGAUUAGCAUACUAUUGUUGAUUUUCGAAAAAAACGAUGUCCUAAUUCCGAAAUCUCGUAUUCUCGUGACGGUGUUACUAAGUUCGUUGGACCUGUUAUUUAGAUGUGGUUGCUAUAUGCAUGGUAUGUUUAAGAUAAUAUGUGAUUAUAUAAGAGCAAAGCAAAAAAUAUCUUAGCUGCUUUGACAUAAAGUUCACAACUUUGUUUUCAUUCUCACUGUUCUGUCUUGUGUUUGUUUACAACUUGCUGCCACUUUUAAAUUUCUAACUCACGCCUGAGAUGACAUGUCUAUUUCUUUAAUUAUAUUGAGGGUUUCCUGCUGUUUACAGAAGCAUGUUUAGACCUUCGUUGCUAUAUAUGCAUGGUAUGUUUAUGAUAUGUGAGUAUAUAACGCCAAAGCAGAAAAUAUCUUAGCUGUUUUUCCAGAUAAAGUAAUGCUACUAUUUUUCAAUAUCUAACGCACACCUUAAUGACAUGUCUAUUUCUAUGGUUAAAUCGAUGAUUUCCUCGCACAUUGUUAUAUAUCAUUGCAUAUUGUCUUUAAACUUUUUAUCAAACUGAUUGAAAGCUAUUAAGAAAGCUGGAAAAUCGUUUUAGGUGAUUGUUUUGCAUUCAUAGUGAGGGUUUUGCGUGAAUUAAUUUACUUAUUUCACAUUCUAUUUUAUAAUAUUGUUAGCCUUAUUUUUUUACUAUUCAAUUUUUGUUAACGUAAGAGAAAUAUAAAAUAUUUUGAACCAAAUUGUUAUAUUAUUUUGAAAGAAAUUAAUUAUUAUAAAUAA